UUGAAGUUUCCUGGAGUGCUGCAGCCCUGACCUGUACAGGAUGGACCCUGUUGUUCUCAGUUACAUGGACAGUUUGCUGAGGCAGUCAGAUGUUGCCUUGCUGGAGCCCCCAAACUGGCUUAAUGAUCAUAUCAUUGGAUUUGCCUUUGAGUACUUCGCCAACCACCAGUUCCAAGAAUUUAGCGAUCAGGUUUGUUUUAUCAGCCCCGAAGUGGCUCAGUUCAUUAAAUGUGCCCUUAGUCAGGAAGAAAUAGCCAUAUUCCUUCAACCGCUGGACCUUCUCCACAAGAAGCUGGUGUUCUUGCCUAUCAAUGACAACUCCAACCAGAUCGCUGGGGGCACCCACUGGAGCUUACUAGUUUAUUUCAGGGACAAAAAGUGCUUCGCCCAUUACGAUUCCCACAGUAAAUGCAACUCUGUCCACGCCAAGCAAGUGGCAGGGAAGCUGGAUGCCUUCUUGGGCAAAAGAGGGGGCAAAGCAACCUUCGUGGAGGAGAAGGCACCUGCCCAGCAGAACAGCUAUGACUGUGGGAUGUACGUCAUCUGCAACACAGAGGCUCUGUGUCAGGGAUACUUCAAGGGCCGGCCGGAGCCUUUGCUGCAGCUCCUCACUCCCUCCUACAUCACGCAGAAGAGAUCGGAGUGGAAAGCUCUCAUCACAAAACUGGCACAGAAGUGA